AUGGAUGAUUUAACAGAGCAGACUAUUUGUGACCAUGAAGCAGACCGUCAAACUCGCGAAGUCUAUCGGUACUUCCAGCCAGCAAACCCCGCAGCGUUAAAUGCGACAUGGCCUCCUGAAGAAGAUUUGACCACUACAAUUGGCCCAUCUGAGGCUUCACUUUCUGUUGAUUCUAUUUUGGAUGACGAGCUCUCGGAGACGUUCUCCGUCGAGGCCAGUCGUUUGUACAGCCCGAAUACGACUUUGACUUCAUUUGCACAGCUAGCAGCUCUGCGCCUGAAUGCACAACGUGCUUUCAUAACAAUCUUGGACCGCGACUCUCAGUACAUUUUAGCGGAGGCUACGAAAACGACCAACGUGGGAAGCUCGACAUUAUUCGGUAAAAAAGGUGAUAACCUCUUUGCCGGAACGUCCACUUUAUUAAAUACUUGGAAUAUCUGUCAUGAAACGGUCAACAUCCAAUCAGACGAACAACAAGCCGGAACAUAUCCUUUUCUUAUCGUGAAUGACCUUAAAAAGGAUGAGCGCUUCCGACAUCUGCCCUUCGUACAAAGUGAGCCACACUCCCGUUUUUAUGCCGGAACGCCCUUAACGAGCGACAGCAACAUCAAUCUGGGAUGCUUGUUUAUAUUGGAUAGCGAACCCCGGCAAGGUUUAAAUGAUAUUGAGAAGGAUAUACUUGGCACAGUGGCAGCGAUGGUUAUGGACUAUUUACAGGUCAGUCGCCAGGCUGUUGAAGGACGCCGUGCCUCGCGGUUAUCUCGGGGUCUCCGUCUUUUCGUGGAUGGUAAAUCCAGCUUCGCCGAUAAUGUUCCAUCUACUCGCUCGCCCAGUUUAAACAGCAGCCCGCUUUCGUUUAAAUCGCCUUAUCGCAGGGCGAGUCGAUCUGCAAAUUCUCAAACUUGCGGUUCCAAUUUGCGAAGGGCACAGUCCGAGAACAAUGAUACGCCAGUUCGAGAUGAAAACGCACGACCUCUGAGUCCAGAUUCAAUCGAAGACAUAGGGGUUGGGAUGUCAGCUAGCCCUGCACCGUCAUCCCAAAGCUCGAAACAGAGCGAUAACGGCUCGAUGGUCUCGAGUAACACUGAUUGGCUAUUUCAACGAGCUGCUAAUCUCCUGCGGCAAAGCCUGGACCUGGACGGUGCUGGAGGUGUGAUACUUUUGGAUAACGGCGAUUGCUCGUCAGACCUCGGCUCCCGUAGCCCUUCGUCUUCCGUUGAUAGCAAGUCUUCUGGCUCUGUUCUUGCGCUUUCCACCAGAGAGGAUCCAUUCUCAUACCGGACGCCCUCUGAGAUAUCACUUCCUGCUGCCAAACUCGACAAUGCGUUUCUAAAUAAACUAUCCCGUCGCUAUCCUAAAGGUAGGCUCUGGUCAUUCCAUCGUGAUGGGAGUUUGUCUACCUCGGAUGAAGAGCAAUCGGUCGGCGCCUCUCGGAAAUAUAAUCAAUCAUCCAGGGCCUCGGAAGCCGACAAACUGAAAGGCUACUUCCCUGACGCCAACCAGGUCAUGUUUGUUCCAUUAUGGAAUGCCAACAAUCCACAAUGGUUUGCAGGGUGUUUCUCUUGGACUCCCCAGUCGACACGAGUCUUCAGCCGGGCAGUCGAUCUGACCUCAAUGUUUGGCUUCGCCUCUUCUAUUAUGACUGAAUACGGCCGUGUUGAAUCAGUUGUUUCAGACCGCCAAAAAGGGGACUUCAUAAGCACUAUAUCUCAUGAACUGCGCAGCCCAUUACAUGGCGUCUUAGCAGCUGCCGAGUUCUUGGGCGGGACUCAUUUAGACGAGUUUCAGGAGUCUCUUCUCGAGACGGUAAAUGCAUGCGGCCGGACUCUCUUGGAUACAAUGAACCAAGUCUUGGAUUUCAGCAAAAUACUGUCCUUGGAGAGACAGAAGAACAGGUCGAAGCGCAAGAAAGAUCCAUGGAGACCAAAACCCCCAGACGAAAUUCCAGCGCGGAUGGAUCUCCAUGUGUCGACAAACGUUGCCAUAUUAGCAGAGGAAGUGGUGGAGAGCGUGUGCUUGGGGCACCCCCAUCUCCGAAAGUCAGCUACGCCAAUCAACGAUCUCAUCGGGCAGUCACCAGAUUCUUCAUUCGGGUCAACUACAGAGACCAAUCAAGUUGGCUCCAAUCCAGGUGUGGAGGUUGUUGUCGAUAUUAGUGAUAAUGACUGGCUUUACAGUGUUCAGCCCGGCUCGCUGAGGCGCCUGAUCAUGAACCUUCUUGGAAAUUCCCUGAAAUAUACCGAAAAGGGCCGGGUCUCUGUCUCAAUCGAAGCAACGGAGAAUUCAAAGGGCCGUACUCGACGUCAGGGUCUUGAGGACAUCGUUACCUUGACUGUUUCAGACACGGGUAAGGGUAUCUCAAAUGAGUUCCUUCAGACACGUCUAUAUACCCCAUUCGCACAGGAGGACACACUUUCGGUAGGUACUGGGCUUGGUUUAUCAAUCGUUCGCGGCAUUGUGAGAACACUCAAUGGAAACAUCAGAAUCAAAAGCCGAGUAGGCGAAGGCACUACUGUCAAGGUGACAUUUCCCCUCGAGCGUCCAGUGGGAGAGAGAAGUCUUUCAUCGACACCUCGCGUCAAGAGCUUGGAACAGGAAAAACUUCCAGUGCUCUCGCAAGUGCUUCAAAUAAAAUUUCCUGGAAAGCGUGCCGCGAUAUGGGGGAUAGAUCCUUCUCGCCUUGGCGAGCAUCACUUCUGGUCUUCAGUUACUCAGUACAUCACUGACUGGUAUGGGCUGAAGCUGGUGCCUUGGUCCGCUAAUGAACACAUUGAUGUUUUGCUUGUGAACGAAAGUGACUUGUGUGAUGAAGGAUUCCCGCGUUUGCACACCGCAUUGCCAAGCCUCCUUGUUUUUCGCAACGACAUAGACUGCUCGAGAGACGCUAGGAAGCAAUGGUCGCAUAUUGCUGAUUCCGUGGAGAUUGUUCGUCGACCUUGUGGUCCGCAGAAGCUUGCCAGGGGUAUCUUGAACUGCCUUGAGCUAAAGCCGGCAUCUCCUGCGCCGUGCCUAGAUCCUUCCAAGACACCAUCCGUUAUUCCGGACCGGUCCAAGCACUCAGGCCCGAAUCCAUCAACUGAAGAUCUCCAGUCGCCAUCAUUUGAAAGUCUAGGAUCACCCCUUGUCGGAUCGUCCCAUCCUAUGCUAGGUUCCGGCGACCAGGCCAUGUAUCCUGUGAAGCGUAAUCUUUCUAGCCAGACUUCAGAUACAGAAGGCACUUCUCCCCUCACAUUUGGAAGCUCAUCUUCUAGCCCUGCCGCACCUUCCUCCACAUCCUCUACUUCCUCGCCCAUUGGCUCGGCUCUUAUCGACUCCUCAUCUGAAAUCAAAAGCAAACCUCGAAUAUUGCUGGUCGAUGACAAUGACAUUAACCUUCGGCUUAUAAGGACUUUUAUGAAGAAACGGAACGUCACAGCUGUAGAUACAGCGCAGAAUGGCAGGGAAGCUGUCAACUUGGUUGCAAAGACGCUACUGGGGUACGACUUCAUUUUCAUGGACAUGUCUAUGCCCGUCAUGAACGGGUUUGAAGCAACUCGUGCUAUACGUGCGAUUGAAAGAGAGCGGGAGGGCUGCAUUGCGGCCAAGGUUGUCGCAUUAACUGGACUUAGUAGCUUGCGUGACGAGGUACAAGCAGUGGAGUCAGGAGUGGACGUCUUCCUAACGAAACCUGUUUCGUUCAAGAAGAUAUCGCGGCUCCUCGAAGAUUGGGAAAUUGGACUGUCAAAAUAA